GACUGGCAACUAGACUAGAUGACAACACCGGAUUGAGGAAAUUGACGAGGGCAAACCAUGUGGGGAAAAAACAAACUUGUUUUUAAGCRGAUAUAACCAUGCAACCUCGUGUAUUAAGUCACUCCAUCCAAGCAGCGACGUCGUCAGCCCAGAACAGCUCUUCUGAACAUCCAAGGCACCCCUUGCUAWAUCUUAUCCAAAGAUGUAUUUUCUCCUUUUCACAGUCUUCUCCAUAUUCAUAGUGCGUAAUGUUGAGGCUUGGGGAGCAAGUGUSAAGUACGCGGUGAACUGCCCGGAGCGGUGCAAUGUGGAUCUGUGCGGCUUGACGCAGCGCUGCAGACGGACAGUGCUGGAUGACUGCGGUUGUUGCCAGGUCUGUGCGGCAGACAGAGGGGAACACUGCUAUCGCACUGUGUCUGGGAUGCACGGAGUCAAGUGCGGACCGGGAUUAUUCUGCGAGUUCUACAAAGAUGAGGACGACUAUGGAGAUGAAUAUGGCAUCUGCAAAGAUUGCAUGUAUGGAACCUAUGGGGUAGGGUGUGGUAAAACAUGCCAUUGCAAAGCUGGGGGUAUCUGUGACAGAGAGACAGGAGCCUGCCUCACCUUCAAAUUCUUCACCAAAAUAGCCAGCAAGCUGAAGACACAGCACCCCAAUGCAGGAGGUGAGAUUGGUUCAGGAGAUGACACCACCAGUCUGAAUGGGGAAAGAUCCACUGCUCCAAAGUGGUUAACACCUCGCUGACACUCAUUAUCAAGACUUAGUUUAUUCUGUGUAAAUGUAGAAAGCAUAGUAGUAAAUUAAAUGAUUGAAGGAUAUAUUUUAUUAUGUAUUAUUAAGAAAACACAUUUUCUACAAGAUUACUGAAUGUUUUUGAACAUCUCUGUUGUGGUGUUUCUAUUUUAUACCAGUGCCCCAUCAUGUCAUAAGAGCUGUGUUGUACCAGACAAAGGGAGGUCAAAUGUACCAAAGUUAAAAUAUAUGUUUAUUCUACUUUUAUACAAAGUAUGAAUAUAUCUAGAAUGUCUAUGAUGAGCUAAACAUUCUAGAAUGUCUAUGAUGAGCUAANAAACAUUCUAGAAUGUCUAUGAUGAGCUAAACAUUCUAGAAUGUCUAUGAUGAGCUAAACAUUCUAGAAUGUCUAUGAUGAGCUAAACAUUCUAGCAAUGUUGCAUUCACUGCUUCACUGGUUCAAUCAAAUGAUGUGAAAAUGUUGUGCUGAUAUAUGACCCCCCCCCCCAGGGAUAUCAAAUAAUAAAUAAUAUAUUGUCUACUCCUUUUCUUCUAGAAGUAUCUACUGUGAUCUGCGCUUUUAAUUGUUUGUUUGUUUGAUUGUUCUUUACUGAGAAUCUCUUGUUUUUCUUUCACCUGUGACCACAUGGAACAAUAUAUAUAUAUAUAUGUGUUAUAUCACCUGCCAAUGUACAGUAUGGUCUUACAAAUAAAACAAAGUUGACCUGGAAAAAA